CCUCUCAACCCCCCCAGACCCCUAUCUACAUCCCUCUCCUCUCCUCUCCUCUCCAUCAGGGCUCCAUAAGGCUGCCCCCUGCUGGUGAAUCCCUUCUCUCGACGACCCCCUGGUUUCCUCUGCCAUUUGGCAGAGGUAGUGCGAGAGAGUGGUCGCUUUUAUAUUCAUAGUUAUAUUUAUAUAUGUAUGUAUACAUAUGAUUAUUUUAUAUUGUCAUUAUUACAUAAGAUGACUCACACUAUAUUGUAUAUAUUUCAACGGAUACAACGAGGAAAAAAACGAACCGUUAUCAACCUGUGACCCGACCUUCGACCCCUGACCCCACCUCCUUCAUAUCGCACUCCCGCUCUAUGACACAAGCUAGACACUAGCAGUGACUAGCUCGUAUUUUCUCCUAGCUGUCUAAGAAGUGUAAAUAUGACUUUGUUUUGGUGUGAAAAAACUACCUUUUAUACGGUGCUCCCGUGGGUCCUGGUGUGCAUUGUGUAUUCUGCUCCGUGAAGUCACGAUAACAGGAGGAGCGCAGCGCGUGAUAUGACAGGAGCCAUGCAUUGAUCACGAAGGUGGAAGAAAACCAUCCACCCACUGCCCCCCCCCCCCCCCACUCCACUGGAACCACGAACAACCCUGUACUGAGUAGCUCGACCUGUACAGAUUCACUUGCAGAAGGUUCCCCGACUGGCUUUCAACUGCUUUUGACUCUAUAGCUGCAAUAAAAAGUGUAUAUUUUCAGUACUUUCUGUAUUCUCAGACAAUUUGUUUGUGUCGUAACUUCUGACGACAUAUCAAGUGGGAAUGGCCGCGUUAGAGAUUUACAUGAUUAAAAAUAAUCCCCCUUUGUUGUGAUGGAGUCAAAGCCAAACGAGUUUACAGCAUGCAAGUCACGUCUGGUUACUUGCAUGCCGCUCAACUAAUUAUUGGUCACAGUUGGUGAGCAAUAUUUAGUUUGUUCUAUGAUAGCAUUUGGCUUGUAAUAUCUGUUGUGUGUUUCUUUUCGAACACAUAAUUAAGACCGGACCAAACGUAUUUUAACCCCACACGUGAAUGCCAGGGUCUGCUGGGGUUCGAACUUCUCUAGCCUCUUCAAAUACUUAAAACGACUUAUAUAUUACUUUAAUACUACUGACUGAAACAAACACAGUAUGUCAAAUAUAUUUAACGAAUUCCCAACUCAGACAACCACUUCAAGUGCAUCAAUGACCUCAUCAAACAUUGCCCAAUAUUUCAACCCUCCCUUCUGCCGAAUAAAACUUGCUGUCAUGGAGAUCUUUGUCAAAUAAAGACAAACCCACGCCCAGUGUGGAUGUCAUCGGUCUAACCUGAGCCAUACCGAAUCCAGCGUCCAAAGUUACGAAACAUCGCAACCACGCCACACUUUCCAACCUAAAUAAAAAACGUUAUCUUUCAACACAGAACAAAGACUUAAAAAAAAAAAAAAAAAAAAAAAGUAAAAAAUUAUUUCACACGCAAUGCUCUCGGCUGAACCAGCCAACACUCCCAUCGUAGAUAUGAGAGACAUUAAAGAAGUGAAGAGCAAGCCUAGCUGGGUUGAGCUAGACUGUGUGCACCCUAGCUGUCUUCAACAACAACCAGAUGGAGGACCACACCCGCGAGGCCCUACCUAUACCUGUACAGACUUGAAGUGAGAUGCUGUGUGGAGACUUGCCCUGAGCACUUUCCCUGCCUCCCCCCUUUGCACUGUUUACAGGCUGUUGCUGGUAACUGUUGCGACGAGAACCCUCACUGUGUUGGAAGCACUGCCAUUGAACUACAUAUUCACAUGAUACUAUUAAGAGUCAUGCCAUAAAGUUACGAGGAUAAGACUCAAGUUUGUCUGGGUGUGUCUGUGUAAAAGCCCCACCUACUGUUCCCCAGGAGAGGCCUGACGCUUGUGUGAUGAUGUAUUUCUAGGAUCGGUCGAAAGAAAAAAAAUCUGUUCCCUGGCCUCAGCUCUCAUUGGCCCCCAGGGUUCCUUCCUCUUACCUGUGUGUUUGCGUGGCGCGCGCGCGUGUGUGUGUAUGCGUGUGUCAGUUGUACAGGAACAUCCUCUGGUGAGGUGCUGCUUGGAGAUUCAACACUCCUCAGAGACAUACAAACUUCAUCUAACGCCCCCGAGCACCCGAGUUCCAACAGCAGGGAUUCACAGACCAGAGACUCAGUCCCGGACACACACCUCAGAAGGAGGCUUUAACCCCAGCAGGGAUACAGCCCAAACAGGAUGACAUUUUCAUCUUGGAAGCCCCCAUCCCCUCCACUCCUCCUCCUCCUCCUCUUCCUGAGCCAGUGGAACAGCACCACCUCAAACCCCCCCACCACCAUCGCCUCAAACACCUCCUCCUCCUCCCCCGCCGACACCAUCGUCAUCAACGCCACCCUCGAGGAGGCGGUGUGGGGCUGCGGUGCGGGGCUCGACCCGGCCUACCGCUACCUGUGCGACCGCCAUGCCGUGUGGGGCGUGGUGCUGGAGGCCCUGGCCUCCCUGGGCUUCCUGCUGAGCGCCGGCCUCCUGCUGGGCCUGCUCCUCUGGGCGCUGUGCACGUGCCGCCGCCGCAGCAAGGGCAGCGGCCUGGGCGGCACGCUGGCCGCUGUGACCCUCUUCCUGAUUGCCACCGCCGGCCUCUUCGCGCUCACCUUCGCCUUCAUCGUCCGCCUCGGGCCCCGGACCUGCCCCGUGCGGCUCUUCCUGUUCGGCGUGCUGUUCGCCUUGGCGUUCGGCUGCCUGCUGGCCCGCGCCACGGCCCUGCUGGGCUUCGCGGCGGCCCGGGGCUGGGGGGAGCCGGCGUUGGCCCUGGGGCUCUUCGCGGUGCAGGCGGUGAUCGGGACGGAGUGGCUGCUGGUGGUCCUGGUCCGGGACGGGUUGCCCUGCGAGUACAGCCAGGAGGAGUUUGUGAUGCUGCAGAUCUACGCGCUGUGUCUCCUGGCCGCGGCGCUGCUGCUGUCGCUCCACGCCGUCUGCCGCUCGUGCCGCUCCUACGGCUACACGGGCGGGAACGGCCGCUGGCAGGGCCGGAACGAGGCGGCCAUGCUGUUCCUCACCGUGCUGCUCUCCGCCGCCAUCUGGGUGGUCUGGAUCGUCAUGAUGACCUGGGGGAACGGCAGGAUAGGCCGGCGGCCGCGGUGGGACGACCCGGUGCUGAGCGUGGUGUUGGUGGCCAGCGGCUGGGUGUUUCUGAUGGGCCACGGGCUGACCCGGGUCACCCUGUUCUGCCAGGAGGAGGCUCAGGCCCAGGAGGGUCCGCUGAGCUUCGCGGGCUGGACCAGCCCCAACGCGGAGAUCCCGGGGCUGAGCAGCGUGAAGGAAGGCCGGGAGAACGGCAGCUUCGAGAACGACGUCGGCACUGGGAAAGGGAGGAGACAAGGGAGGGGAGCCGGGAAGGGACCGGUGAGGGAGCCGACGUUGAAGUCCCCAUACGAGUCAGGCUUCUCCAUGUCGGAAAUAGAUCCGGAGAGAGACUACACCAUCCCUCGACCUCAGACCACCAACACCAGCCAGCCGUAUGACCAGUACUACACACAUAGCUUCAACAACUAAGGCUGACUUUGUCUCUGUCUCUCUCUCACGCCCUCUUUCUCUCUCCCUCCCUCACACACUCUCUCUCUCUCUUUCUGCUGCUCUCAUCACUCUAUAUAUAUAUUUAUUCCCAACAGACUUUUAAUUCAAACUCACAAUCUGGAUGUUUUGGGGGAUGGGGGUUCAUUGGCUGAAAACAAACUCCAGAUGAAACUGCUGGAAACCGGUGGUACGAGUGGAGAAAACGGACGAUGACAAGAGGGAGAAGACCGAAGAGAGGAGACGGUGACACAGACUGUGUCACAGAGGAAGAGGAGACUACUCAUGUACAUAUUUAUAUUCUCGACUUGUUACAAUGCUGGCACGUACAAUGCAAACAUUCUACACUCUGAAAGUAUUUCUAAUCAUCUUUAAUAAAAGUGCAAUGACUUUCCC